AUGUACCCCGCGGGCUCCCAGGCCGGAGCGGCCCUGCAUCCGGUCCCGCACGGCAGUCGUCUUCCUCCGCCCGGGCGUCCAGCCGAGCCGCCGCGUCCCCCCGCUCCCGCCCCGGGCUCCGCCGCGUGCCCGCCGGGCCCCGCGGUCGGGCCGCGGCCCCGUGUAGCCGUGAAGAUGGCUUUCCGCAAGGCCUACUCCAUCAAGGACAAGCUGCAGGCCAUCGAGCGCGUGAAGGGCGGCGAGAGGCAGGCCAGCGUGUGCCGCGACUUCGGCGUGCCGGGCGGCACGCUGCGCGGGUGGCUCAAGGACGAGCCCAAGCUUCGCUGGUUUCUGGACCAGCUGGGCGGCGAGGUGGGCACGCAGCGCAAGAAGAUGCGGCUGGCCAACGAGGAGGAGAUCGACCGAGCGGUCUACUCGUGGUUCCUCACCCUGCGCCAGCACGGCGUGCCGCUUUCGGGGCCGGUCAUCCAGGCACAGGCCGAGGCCUUCGCGCGCCAGAUCUAUGGACCCGAAUGUACCUUCAAGGCCAGCCACGGCUGGUUCUGGCGCUGGCAGAAACGCCACGGCAUCUCCAGCCAGCGCAUCUACGGUGAGGCCGAGACCCCGCUUGCAGUGCCCGCGCCCCGCCCUCCGGUCAAGGAGGAGCGGGUGCAGCCACCGGGCCCUGGUCUGCCCGACCGGUCCGCGGCUGCGCUGCCCACGGCCGAGGGCGGCUACGGCGACGAGCAGAUCUACAACGCUAACGUCACUGGCCUUUACUGGAGGUUGCUUCCGGAGCAGACCUCUACUCCAGGUGCUGGUGAUCCCGGGCUAGGUGGCUGCACCCAUCGCUGGCGCGGGGACCGAGUAACGGUGCUGCUGGCUGCCAACCUGACGGGUAGCCACAAGCUGAAGCCACUAAUCAUCGGACAGCUGCCGAACCCACCCAGCCUGCGCCACCACAACCAGGACAAGUUCCCAGCAUCCUACCGCUAUAGCCCUUAUGCCUGGCUCAGUCGCCCGCUGUUGCGUGGUUGGUUCUUUGAGGAAUUUGUCCCCGGUGUCAAGCGCUACUUACGCCGAAGCUGCCUGCAGCAGAAGGCUGUUCUUCUUGUGGCUCACCCACCCUAUCCAAACUGGACCACCAGGAUGCCCACCUUCGAGGAAAGUGAGCAGACUCCCAGGCGGUGCAGGCCUGAGCCUGUUGGAGCCCCGGAAGAGCUUCAGACCCCUGAUGGCGCUGUGCGGGUGCUUUUUUUAUGUAAGGGCACCAGCCGCGCACAUAUCCCUGCACCACUGGAGCAUGGUGUGGUGGCAGCCUUCAAGCAUCUGUACAAACGCGAGCUGCUGCGGCUUGCCGUGUCUUGUGCCAGCGGCUCCCCACUGGACUUCAUGCAAAGCUUCAUGCUCAAGGACAUGCUGUAUCUGGCUGGCCUCUCAUGGGACCUGGUCCAGGCGGGCAGCAUAGAGCGCUGCUGGCUGCUAGGCCUGCGGGCCUCCUUCGAGCCCGGGCAGCAACCAACCCACCAGGCAGAGGAGGCUGCUGAGCACAGCAGGGUGCUCAGCGACCUCACUCAUCUGGCAGCGCUGGCCUACAAGCGCCUGGCACCUGAAGAGGUAGCCGAGUGGCUGCACCUGGACGAUGAUGGUGGCCUCGAGGAGAUGAGCCCUGCUUGGCCCUCUGCACCAGCGCCUCCUUCCCCAGCCAGCCUGCCCUCUAGUAUGGGGGGUGGAGAGGAGGAAGAGGAGGCUCCUGUGCAGGGGGAAGUGUUGGUGCCCACUGCAGGGGAGGCUGUUUGGGGGCUGGAGACAGCUCUGCGGUGGCUGGAGAGCCAGGACCCCAGGGAAGUGGGGCCAUUGAGGUUGGUACAGCUACGCUCCCUCAUCACCAUGGCCCGGAGGCUAGGAGGCAUUGGGCCCUCCUCAGCAAUUCCUGAUGGUGGUGUGUGAGCACCCUGGCCCAGUGGCCUUUUUUCUGCUGCACUGGGAGAUGGCAUACAUAGCCUGCCACGUCUAUGCCUCCCCCUGGGUUAAUCUGCUGUAGAGGUCCAGGGCUGUGAGCUCAGACCAGCUUUGAAAGAGUUUUGUUGGGAGAUGGUACUCAGUCCAGUGAGUCAGUGUGCUGUGGGAGUGGCCAAGAGAGGACCUUGGCUCAAGCUUCUUCCUGAUCAGGCGUAUACAUUCCCUCGCUAGUGGUGAGCACAGGCACAGCGCUCACUGGAGAGCAGUUGUCUGCUGUGGCACCUGUGGGGCUUGCACCUCCUGCCCCGUUCAUGAUGGCACUGGAUGAGGCAGCUCCUGUUCCCAGCAUCUCAGUGGAAAGGCACUUGGCUUUGUUUUUAAAACACAUCAAGUCUCCUUUUGAAGAUAAUCUCCAGAGGGAACCAUGAGCAAAAGCUCUUCUGUGCUUGCUCUAGUAACUAACAGGUCCCCAGGGUACCAGGUUAGAGUCAGGCUAGGCUCUAGCCCUUGGUCUUGGCUGAGCUGCUUACUGGAGAGUGAAAAGGGGAGGAUGGAGCCCAGUAUUUACUGAGGUUCUCCAAGAAGCAGGGAGUGUAAAUUUCCAUUCAGUUCUUAACAAGCUCCAUUCUAGACAGAUCUUUUAUUUUGUGGUGUUGGCAGAUGUUUGGAUUUGGGUCCAGGUGGCUUGACCAAGGGCAGAUAAAGCCACAGUCUAGCCCCAGGGUCCAGAGCCAAGUGAUCUACCAGGGACCUGGCAGCUUGAGAAACCUGCAGUGCCUUAAUAUCACACCCUCCAUGAGCUUUUUGUACCCCAGCCCACCCCCUAGGCUUAUCCAACUCCAGGUACUGGCAGGGUUGUGGCUGGGAAGCUGUUGCUGGAUGGCCCAGUUUUAGAGAGGAAAGGGUUCAAAAUACUAUUGAAAUUUUGUCUCGCUGCUGCUCCAGUAGUAGAUUUGUAUUGCUACUGGUAGUCUGAGACCGAGAGGCGCCUGUGCCUCUGGGAGUGGGGUGCUGCCUUUGCAGAAAUGCCCUGAGCCCUUGCGAGAGCCAGCGGGCUGGAACUGAAGAGCUUGCCUGCAUCCUGGCAUUCUCCCUUUGUCCUGUGUCCCAACUGGCAUAGGUAUGAGCCUUGAAAACAUGAAGUGGGGAGCGCAUGGGCUGAAUGAAUAAAAGUUGAUGUGCUCGUGGAAGGGAGUGCUGUGCACUGGAAUGACAGCAGCUCAAGGAGGACGUUGCUUCCAAAAGUGAUUUCCACAAAGAACACAACUCCAGACCACACCCACCCCGUCUAAAAUCUACAUAAAUGCUAAUGUGAGGGAAGGCGUGGAGAAUUUGGGAGUAAGAGAAAGGAAGCUUAGAUGGCAGCUUCCAACUGUCCCUGCCAGGGCCCGUCUGCCCACCUGAGUCUAGCCCCUUUGGGCCUUGGGUAAUCAUGGCUGGCCAAGGGUCUCUCACAAGCAGCUAAGGUAGGGCUUUAGGAAGUCUAAGUGUUUACACCAGCAGCCUCCACACUAGCACCAGCAUCCAGGUGCUCCUGCCUUGCUCUCCCUGGGCCUGCUCCCCAGCUCUAAGGAGAGGCAAGCCUGUGCCAUCGGCCAGGUGAGGGUUGCAUACCUGGGCUUUGGUAGUUGCCCUUCAGCCUGCUUUAUCAGAGCUCCUUUGUUAAGGUUUCAUCUCCAUCCUUUCUGAUGAGCUCCUCCCUUUGGCCUGGGCCCACGAAGGCUGGACUUGACAGAGAUGGGGAGUCAGGAAUGAGACUCUCAGUUGCCUCCGCCUGCCCCAGCUUUCUUAUUUGGGCACAUGAGGCCUGGGAGGGGUCUGUGGCCACUCUAAACAGGUGUGGGAUGAUUAGGUUGCGGACCACUAUCUGUGUGGGUCUUACUUGCUGGGUUAGGAAAGCCCCUGCAAAAGGGCUCAGCAGGCAUUAUCUCUAGCUGGGAAUGCAGCAUAGUGGUAGAGACUUAGCUAGCAUGCAUGAAGCGGUGGGUUCAAUCCCCAGCACUGCAGAAGGAAAGCACAGUCUUUGUAGAAUAAGGUGUUCCCUGCCCACUAUAGACAGAGAUUCUCCUAGCUGAGCCCUGCUUGUGCAAGAGGCUGUUCUGCCCAGGCACCUGGCCAUCUCUAGCCCCACAGUGGAUCCCAUGGCUCGGGCUUGCAGUCUGCACACCCGUGGCGCAGCACGAGUCUCAGUGGCAGUGCUGCAACUAGUUUGCAGUCACCUAUCUGCUGAAUUCACCAUCUGAAGUGUUGGGGACACAUAGGGGUCAUAGACCCCCACUUGGGUCGCAGGGCCCUUUGACAAAGCCAUAUGUUCUCAUGGCUGUACCCACCUGUGUGCCUACUGCUACUCCCUGAAGGCAUUAAAUUUGCCACCUUUGGCUUAGGAUAACCUAAGCAGCAAAAGGGGAGCAAAGCUACAUUCCUGCUGCCGCCGCUAGUACCAGGCACUGUGUUGGAAACUGGGUCUCUUCUGGGGAACUGCCUAUUCUCACAAAAUGUGUGAGACCCUGUGGUCCAGCAGCUUUCCCUGCUUGAUGGCCCUGAUCAGGGCUCUGACAAAACUCAAGGCUCUGCUGUUGCUGUCACUGGACUCAGGCAGGCCUGGGCUGGGGAAAGCACAGAAAAGAUAGGAGAGUGUGGGCUCUUGGAACUAUCACCAAGUUGAUGUUUUCAGGGGGUGAAGAUGACUUGCAGGGGUCACAGGCAGCCUUGCCCCAAGGCCUACGUGCUCGCAGUGUCAGCAACUAAGCCAAAUCUGAAACACGGUGUGGGGACGGGGCCAGUCAAGAUGAAGGGCUGGCCUCUGGGGACCCCAGCUGGAACGGGCUGGCCCCCACUCAGUGUGCCCCACUUGCUGUCCUUGAGGGCCUUGGGCUUGUGGCCUUCAAGUCAUAUUGAGGGCCCUUUCUCUAACACUCCACUAUCCACAGCUGAGCUCACUUGACCAUGUGGCUCAGUGGUACUUGUGUAAUAAAGGUGAAUGCGCCGCAUUA